AUGGAUACCACACCUGAUGUAUCAGGCUUAUCAAUAAACAAUAAUUAUAAACUCGAGGAAGAAUGGAGUAUUGAUUUUAAUAAACCAUUGAAUAAAGAUAAAACCAAUUCAAAUUUUUGUGUUGGUGUUUUUUUAGCAAAAAAGAAAGAUAAUAUGCAAAAUAAUUAUAAUGAUGAAAUUAAAAUACCCAACGAGAAUGGACAAUGUGUUUUAAAAAUUAUUUCAAAAGAACAAUAUGUAAAAAUUUAUGACUUUAGAGUUGGUGACUAUGGGGAUCACAAGGAUUGUUUAUUCAUUUUUAUGGAGUAUAAGAGUGAGUAUAAAACUAUACUAGAGAUAAUAAAUGACAAUGGUGGUUAUCAAUUUUCAGAAAACGAAAUCAAAAAAGUUGCACAUUAUCUCUUAUUCACAUUGGCUUUUCUUCAUAAAAAGAAAAUUAUUCAUAGAGAUAUAAAAGGAAGCAAUAUAUUGUAUCACAAUUCAAAUGAUAAUCAAGUGAAUAUAAAACUUAUCGAUUUUGGAUUUUCAAAGUUUUAUGGCGAUAAACAAUCAAAUUAUCAUACAUUUGCAGGAACACCUACUCAUAUGGCACCAGAGGCAUUAUACCAAAAUAAUAAAGCAGGUAGAGGAUCAGAUAUAUGGAGUGUUGGUUGUACACUAAUUGAGAUGGCCGGUGGCAGUUUAGAUAGAGUAAAUGGUAAACCUGAAAUACCAGAACAUUUAUCUUAUGAGUGUAAAAACCUUAUUCAACAUUGCUUAAUUGCUGAUCCAUCAUUUAGACCAAGCGUUAUCGAACUUUUAGAACAUGAUUUCAUUAAAAAUGUUAAUGAUUUAUCAGAAAGGGAUAUAAAAAUAUUAAAAAAAAUAGCAAUUUGUCAAGAUAAUACCUUCGAAUUAUUAAAUAAAGAUCCCAUCAGUGUAGAUAAUACUAUAUAUAUAAAUAAAAAACAUUUAAUUUUUCCAGAAUUCAACAAUAAUAAUUUAAGUGGACUUCUCUCUACAUUACCACCAAAUAUCACUCAUAUCACCUUACCGAUAUUCAAUCACCCAAUUGAACCAAAUUCUAUACCAUCAACAAUUACCUCACUCACUUUGAAUUCUUUUAAUCAAGAUUUGGAUGAAGAAUCAAUACCAAAUACAUUAACAGAGCUAAUUCUUGGUGAAGAUUUUGAAUUUAACGAAUAUGGAGGCAAUAUUCCCGAGUCCAUUAAAAAAUUCCAAUGUAGUUAUAAUUUCAAAGCUGCAUUAAAAAAAAACAACAAUAUACCAAAAACAGUACAUUCAUUAGUAUUGAAUAACUACAACCAUUCCAUUCUUAAAGAAAGCAUACCAAAAUCAACUCGUUCAUUAACAUUGGGUUCCAACUUCAAAGAUUUUGCUUCACUAACAAAUAUCCCAUCAUCAGUAUUCAAUUUAACAUUUGGUGUAAAAGACUACCAAAUAUCGGAUGAUGAAUUAAUAUUCAUUCCAAAAACUUAUAGAAUUGUAUUGCAAGAUUCACAAUUAGAAAGGAAACUAUUGGGAACAUUCGAACUAUAUUCAUGUACAGAAAACCCACCAGAUGCACAAAAUCUUGAAGGUCUUGAUAAAGAAACGGUAAUAGAAUUCAUAAUAUUAAAUGGUAGAUUAAUAGAUAACUUUAAUAAAGUUUUCGAUAUAAUUUAUGCUUACGAAAAUUUACAGUUAUUUAAAGAUUCAUUUAAAAAACAAUUAUUGAUUCAAAAAUUUGGUCAAGAUAAUUUAGAACUAUAUAUAUAUUUGGCAUUAAAAAACAGUGAUUGGGGUGCUGCUAAAUUCUAUAUAGAAUUUAUGAACAAUCAAGAAAUUUUAAAUGAAGAAUUAUCUCAAUCUUUAUUCAACCAUGAAAACUCAUCUAAUGAUACAGAUAUAAGAAAACAUAAUGUUGAUACUAUAAAGCAUUUCAUUCAAUUCAUUUUACAAAAGGAAUCAAAUAUUACACCUACUGUUAUAAACAUAUUGAAUUAUUUAUACUUGUUUUUAAUAGGGUGUUUAGAUGUUGAUAAAAAAAGCUGCGAUGAAAUUAGAAGUGUCUACAAAAACCAUUUAAUCCCAAUCGAGCAUGGCCUCUCCCAUUCUUUAAGAUACUUUCUAAUUAGAAAACCAGAUCUGGUAUUUUAUCCCCCACAAACUGAUGACGAUGCAUUUCUAUUAAAUAACAUAGAUCCAAACAUAUUCACCUAUGAUUAUAUAUUGGGGUGUCAUGAAAAUGGUAGUUUCGUAAAUUCAAUAAACACCAUCAUUGAUCAAAUUUUGCUACAGCUUUCAACUCCAUACGCAUCCACAUAUAUUCAUCUUAAAUCAAUCUACAUUAACUAUUAUUUAGAAACAUUACUAAAAUUUAAAAGAUUUUAUUUAUUUUUUAAAACUAUGGAUAAAAUAUAUUCAGAAAAUGACCAAAAUAAUAAUAAUUAUGAUGAUCCAUUGGAUAUUAUUUUUACCAAUGCAUUACCAUUCGAAUAUAGUGACCUAGUUUAUCUUUUAAUUUCAAACUGUAUGAAUUCAUUCCAGUUGAAAAGAUUAAUAGAUUAUAAUUGUGGUACUGCAAAUAAAUUUUAUAUAAAUAUGGUGAUAAAUGGUAAUUUUACACUGGCAAAAUUUAUAUUGGACGAAUAUACAUCAACAAUAACCAGCUUCAUAUCCUCAUCCGAACCAUCAUAUAUAUUUUUCGAAUUGGAAAUGCUAUUGAAGUAUCAUCCUGAAAAACUAAAUGAAAAUCUAAUUAAAUCAAUUCCACAAUCCACAGAAAUUAUUAACCUAUUCCAAAAAUACAAUUUUAAAGAACAAACAAUAUAA